CCUGAUUUAAUAAUAUUUCAUACGAUAAAAAUGGGAAAUAAUUUGUUCAAAUCUUGCUGAACUGUAGCUCAUAACGAGUCUAGAAUGCAAGGAGCGACUCUGACGACUAUCUCUUCAGAACUUGAACGAACGAAGGGAGGUUUCACUCAAGAUUUCUGAGAUAGUAUGAUGACCAAAGGCAUUCAUCCUAACAAAAAGGAUCAAAAUAGUAUUAACGUGGUAUCCACGAGGAAAUUGUCAGAUGAGUGUGUUCAAAGGUUUAACCUCCCUGACGACAAUAUCAACCAACAUUAUGAGAUCCUUGAUCCAAUUGGACAAGGGAAAUACGGCAAAGUUUACCUUGGCCAGUCUAUUCACGACAAAGAUAAGCAAACAGCCAUUAAGAUAAUCAAGAUUAGGAAAAUAAAAUCCAAUUUUGAAUCUGUAAUGAAAGAGAUCCAGAUGAUGAAAUCGAUCGACCAUCCUGAUAUCGUUAAAAUUUUAGAAAUUUAUCGCGAUCCAAAGAAACUUUACCUUGUUAUGGAGCUAGUCAAAGGUGAAGAGCUGUUUGAUUAUAUACUCAGGAAAGAAAGGCUUCAAGAGGAAGAGACACGGAAAAUUAUACGUCAGCUGGUAAAAAUUGUGAAGUACCUUAAUUCAGUCAAUAUUGCUCACAGAGACUUGAAACCUGAGAACAUUAUGAUUAACCCCAAAACUCUCAAAAUCAAACUCUUAGAUUUUGGACUCUCAUCUUAUUUUGAGGAAUCAAAGAACCUAGUGAGUCCUGUUGGCACUCCUUACUAUGUUGCUCCAGAAGUCCUCAGAGGAAGUUACGGCAAGGAAUGUGACAUGUGGAGUAUUGGUAUCAUUACAUACAUAUGUCUCAUUGGAGCCCCACCAUUCCAAGGAACUAGCGUCGUCGAUAUCUAUCAAGAUAUUUUAAACUGAAAUCUAGUAUUUAAUGAAGAUGAUUGGAACCAGGUAUCCGAAUUCGCCAUGGACUUUGUUAAAAAGCUUCUUGAGCUAAAUAGAAUCAGAAGAUUAUCUCCAAGGAGAGCCCUUCGUCACCAAUGGUUUACUGAGGAGGAGUCUACUUUAACUGAAUCUCGUAAAUCUCGGAACCCUGGCUCAACAUCAAUGAUAGACUACGAUCAGUAUAAGCUAAUGACAUUCGAGAUUCUCAAAAAGUUGGUCAACAGAGGUGUCCUCAAAGAGUGACUCAAAUGAAGAAUAAUCUUUGAGGAUAUUGCUAACAUGGAACUUCUCCAAUCCUCUAAGGGGCUCACAUCCAAAGACUGCAAGUGCUGCUGACUUCUCAAAAAGAUAAGUCCGUUACUUGAGUUGUUUUCAGAUGCUCAAAUUCAGUUCAACGAAUUUCUGAAUAAAGUUUUGAAAAACACUGAAGAUAUCCAGCCUGAACUUGUCUCAAUACUUUUAACAGAAAUGGAAGAAGAUAAAGAUAAAGAGAACAACCAGUUGUCUGCCAACAUGAGCUCAUCUCCUUCAAGAGGCCAGGUCUCCUUUGAGAUGAAAAGUGUUGAAGACUAUGAGGAAGAAAAUCGUCCAAUGAUGAUUACGAAUAAUACUAUGAUGAAUGAGAACAGCUAUAGGAACAAAUCCGUCCUUACUUCGGGUAGUUCAAAAGGAUCGUUUAAGAGAAGGAAGCCCCUGGGUUGUGUCCCUCUCUCAGACUCCAAAUGUAAGGAACUAAAAAGUUUAGCCAAGCAGGCAACUUUGAGCUAUAUUAAUCUAGAUAACCAAGUAACCCAUAACGAAGGCAAGCUGCCCUUCAUUAAUUCUUUUUAAUAUUAGCCACUCAUA